AUAGUAAUUUCACCAGGCUGUGGCUCCAUCGCUUCCCCUGACUAAUUCUGUCUUGCAAAAUAACUAACUACCCGCCAGUGCAACAUUAUCCGAGUCCAUCAUUCACCUUCCAAAAUUUCUGAUUAACUCCAUCUAAAAGAUCAACGGUUUAGAUUCAAUAAAAAAGAAAUAGUAUAUAUAAGCAACCAAUUCUAACAGCUUUUCCCUCCUAAAUAUUCAAGCUCUUCAAAAUCUCUCUCUCAGAAUCGCAGAGAAUCCAUGGCUGAUACUGGUUUCUUGGUUCUGGUACUGGUUUCUCUGUCAACUUUGGCAUUCGCAACUGUUUGGACUCAAAGAAAUGCGCCUUCAACGGAAGAAUACAAGGAAGGUGAUUACAUUCCUUUCUUCGCCAGCACAGCUUCUCCUUAUCUAGGAGAUCCAUGUGAGGCAUAUUCAUAUUUUGAUUUGCCAUUCUGCUCUCCUGGAGAUCCAAUACCCAACAGAAAGAAAUCCUUUCAAGAACUUUUAGCAGGGGAUUGCUAUGACAACACUCAGUAUGAAUUGAGGUUCAAGAUGGGAACAACAAGGAAACUCCUUUGUGAGAAAAAUCUGACCAGAGAAGAAGUUGCGAAAUUUAGGGAUGCCAUUGCAAAAAACAGUGUACUUUAUGUACUACGAUAACAUUCACUUGUCAGAGUACGUUGGAGGAGAUAGCUCACAGUCAUUGUACCCGAAAAAUGGUGAUAACAGGCGUAGGUAUUUUCUUAUCAAUCACCUGCACUUUUAUCCUCAGUACGAAGGAAACAAAGUGAAAGAAAUAGAUGUUUUGGGUGACUAUGAAUCUGCUGUGGAUAUAACUGAGGACACCGAAAUCAAAGUCAACUUCACUUAUUCUGUCUUCUGGGAAGAAUAUGAAUCCAAGCAAGAGAUUCCGAGCAGGGUCAGAGACUAUUUGAAAGAACUAUUCAAGAUAACUAAUCGGGGCCGGGCAAUCCUCUUUUUGGAGCAAGUUGGAGGAGCGAAUCCUAGCCCUUUUGCUACUGCUAUUGCCAUUUACGGCUGGCUUCUGUUGCUUUAUAUAAAGAUUGUGCUAUAUCUUAGAGAGUACUUUGAUCGGAUUUCUUUUGUUUAUGGACAUGUAUCGGUAGAAGCUACAAGAGCUACAGGGGUUAUUCAUAGUAAUGCGUGCAGAUGUCCUCGGUACUCGUCCCUACUUGGGGCCAUUCUGGGUGUUGGAACUCAACUGUUCAUUAUGAUUUGCGUCCUCUUCGUCUUGGCAUAUACAGGUCACCUAUAUCCCUGCAAUCAUAAGAGACUGUUUAUUUGGCUCAUCAUGAGUUAUGGUCUCACAUCAUGGUUUUCUGGAUACAAGGCUGCUUCAUUCCACUCUAGCUUCACACCACUUGGACUGAAAGAAUGUAUUUACCAAACUGGGGCCCUGUACUCUGGUCCAGUGUUCUUAACAUGUCUUGCCAUAAUUACAUUAAAGGCGUUUACAACAGGAGUGUCACUUUUACUAGAAAUUUAUACUCUAGCCAUAUGUUUUCUCAGUUUGUUAGCCACUGUCAGAUUCCUAACUUGGGGUGGCAUGUCUGGGCACUCUUCCCCACAAGAAUUUAGUAUAACUUGUUCCACCAUACGCUUUCAAAGUGAGAUUCCUAACCAAGCUUGGUACAUGAAGACACCAGCUCAAAUGUUCUUUGGGGGCUUUCUGCCUUUCAUAUGCAUCUUCUACAUGAUGGAUGAUAUUUACGCAAGCUUGUACAAUUUGAAAGUUUGUGGUGCAUUUGGUACUAUGUUGACAGCCUUCAUUAUUGUCAUCAUAGUGACUGUGUUAAUGGGAAUGGGAUGCACCCGCUAUCAGCUGUACAAGAAAGAUCACCAAUGGUGGUGGAGAUCUGUGCUUUGUGGGGGAUCACUUGCCAUUUUCAUGUUUGCGUAUGGUCUCUAUUUCUAUGCUAGAGCAAGUGCCAGAAUUUCAAUGAACCUGCUAGAGUUCCUGGGCUACAAUGCUUGCAUAUUCUACGCUGUCUUCUUGAUACUUGGAACCAUUGGCUACAAUGCUUCAUCAAUUAUGUUCCGUCAAGUGGACCUAGACCUGAAGAAGCGUGCCUAGAAAACUCGAUUCUUUCUAAUGCUGACCCAAAGAGAGGCAGCACAUUGUUUUUGUUAUUUUCCUGAGUGAAAAAGAGGAGGCCUUACCGCCUUAGUGAUCAUUUUUUUUCAAGAUUUUUCAUUUUUUAGUAGUAGAACUGAACACCAUGGAAUCAAAAUCCAUGACCUCACCCACAACUACAUUGUUAUUCACGGUCCAGGAAUUGGAUGACUGGCGUUUACCAAUCAUGUUGCAUUGCAAACACACUCGGCGUAGGAAUAACAAUUCUACUCA